ACACAAGGGGUCCUUUGAGUUGCACAAAUCUACGCAAUCACCAGAAAGAAAGCAAUGGCGGCGGUGUACAUGCGAGAUCAAGAUUGACUUUUAAGAAUGGCAGGCCUCGCCCUGUAUUUGGAUUUCAAGUCUAAUCCCUUGCAGAUACACAAGGGAUUUGUCAGUGUGUAGUGUCACGUUGGAUAUCUGAGCUCAUUCUAGGCCACCCCACACCACAGACACAAUGUACUGCCUCCAGUGGUUACUCCCGGUUCUCUUGAUCCCUAAACCGUUGAAUCCGGCCCUGUGGUUCAACCACUCCAUGUUCAUGGGCUUCUACCUGAUCAGCUUCCUGUUGGAGAGGAAGCCAUGUACCAUUUGUGCCUUAGUCUUCCUGGCGGCGCUGUUUCUCAUCUGCUACAGCUGCUGGGGAAACUGCUUUCUGUAUCACUGCCACGACUCGCCACUGCCAGCCUCAGCACACGACCCCAACAUUGUGGGCACCUAGAAGUCCAAUGGCACUCUUACACAGACCCCGGUUAAUCUCAAUCCGGACUGUGAAUCCAAAACCCACCAUAAAUGCUGGGACGUUUAAGUUCUUUGUACCCACACUGUAACCCAUAACGAACUGCCCUCGUUCCCUGACUCAGAUCUGUUCCCCAUGGCACAGGGAUAUCUCAACUUUGGUUAAGGAGUCUUGACGCUUGCAUGGGUUACCUCUAGGGUUCCUUUCUUGUUGUGUUCGGUGCACACUCUUUAAUUUCUGGAUGCUGAAUUUUUUUCUGAAGGGUAGAUGAUAAUGUGUGCGCGUGUGUCAGAGUUUGUAUAUUGUGAUUUUUGGGUUUCUGUUCUUGUGUCAAUAAUCGGUAUUAAUACAAGUGUUAAGAGGAUAGAGGUGAAUUAAAGUUGAGCUAAAGGUGUGGAGCGCAUCGUAGUCCCCGAUGGGCUCUUGUUUCUGCACUGCUGAAUUAGCUCAAAUGCUGUCACAACUUUUAAUUCAAUAAAGUUUCUAAUGAUCUAAGCAA